AAAACUAUUGUGAAUAAGAACCGUGGAGAGGUUAAACGUCAAAUGUUUUUUGUUAUGGUGGUGUAUCGUUUAAUAGAUUUCACAAAUCAAAGAAGCCGAAACUUAGGAAUAAAUAAAAAAGUUGUUGAAUUAUGCCGCGACAACUUUGGGGUAAAUUAAAAGAAACAUCUGCGAAAGAAAAUGAAACCGAAAAAAUGGUGCCUGUGGCAGCAAAACGUACAAAACUCGAAGAAAUGCACGAGAGAUUACCGUCCAGCACCAACAAGAGUGUGGAAUUGCAGGUGAAAAAUCCAUUGGUUACUCAAACGAUAGAAGUUAUGAAGCAAACUGAAAUGUUGCAAUCGCUCAUUGACACCUAUUCCAACAAAUCGGGCACUUCGAAUUAUCUGCUAAAUCCUUGCCAAAUGAUACCUGAAGUUGACUUCCCACCGGAAAAUGCAGCAGAUUUUAUCAAUGAUGAUAAAUUUGCUAAACCAAUAUGGUUUAUACCGCCAACAGAAAGCAGCUUUGCUCGCGGUGUACCACAAGCGUAUCCUCAAAUAAAUCCAAAAAUAUGUCGUGCUGCUCUACGUAAGGCCGUCUGUGGACAACUACGUGUAUGCGGUUUCACAGAUAUUUCUGAAUCGGCCCUUGUCUUAUUCGCUGAUGCAGCACAAGAAUUUAUGCGCAACUUUAUGCAACGGAUACGCGAAGUACAUGCUAAUAAUCCACAGAUUGAAACGGAUAACGAGGUUGAAGUGAAAAGUCUAGAAAAAGCUUACUAUUCUUUGACAAAUGCGUCGUUAACCAAUGUGCAUAACUAUUUUAAACAUCAAUUGGUCGCACGAAAUCGCAGCGAAAUUGCCGAAUUCAAUGGUGUACUACAAGAAUAUGAUAAACUAAUGAAGGAGAGUCAAAGUAUGCAAAAAGAAGAAUUUCAAGAAGGUGAUUUUCUUAAUAUACUUGAAAUGCCCGCAUCUAAUGAACAUAAUGUUGGCGUGCUGAGUAGCGGUAUGCAAGACAUCUCUAAUACUGGAGGUGUUAGUGCACAGAGCGGUGUUGGAGUGCUAAGCAUGUUAGAAGGUCAAUCACACAUGUCUGUACAGCACACAGGAUAUACGGGCAGCACAAUGGAAAUGUAAAAAAUAUUAACUACAUGAUUAUAAUUUUAGUAAUUAGUCUUUUAAGUUUAUUUUUUAAUUAAAGAGGCGAAAAAAAAUUAUA